AUGAGAAUACAACCACAUGGACAACACAAGACAUGGAGAAAAGCAAUGAUGACUAAGCAAGUGGGAAUAAGAUCGUAUGAAGUUGAAAUAGAAGGUGGAAUUUAUCUACGACGAAAAGAAGACAACUACGAGCCACAGCAGAAGAUCACAACACCAGCACAGCUGAUCCACCAGCAACACGAAAACAAUCAGAUGCAGAGACCAAAUCUAUUCCAACUACCUAUCGAGUCUAUCAUUGCACAAGCAACACCACAAUUACAGCAGAAGCCUACCACCACCAGGAGCGGAAGAACAACCAGACCUCCUAACUAUUUGAAGGAUUAUAAUGAAGGAUGUAUGGUAAUUAGUAAAGAGGUAUUGAUAUUGAACACUGACUGUAGAGUAGAGUGUGUGAACACAACAAAAGAACUCACUGGCCAGUUGCAAGACAAAAAGAUUGAUCAAGGGCUGUCAUUGCGAGUUAUUGUUGAGGCAAGGAGUUCUUCCAUUUCUGAGAAGUUGGAAGGGUAUCUUUCAGGCAGCACAGUGCAGAGAUCGAGAGGAGUUGGAGAAUUUCAGAUAAUAGAAAAUGCUGUAAUUACGGAAGUGAAAAAAGUAAACUGGAACGAUGGUGAUCAAACCCCGAAAAUUGAUGUUGUUGUAACAUGGGACACAGGAAGAAAUGAGGAAAUGACCAUAAGCGACCCAGAGGAACUUUCGCAUUGUCGUGUUGAUCAUGGAUGGAUCUGUUACAGAGACCACCUACCUGUGUUAGGCCAGCAUGUUGAGCAAGUACUUGCUGACAAAUCAGCUUCAAUAGAAAGAGAGAUAAAACGGAUGUACUCGUCACGUCAGGCUUUGGUCAAAGUUCGGUCUACUCGUCUUGAACUACCAGUAUUAAUUCUAGAGCAAGAAAACUUAGAACUUUUGAAUAGUACUGCAUCAAUGUGGAAGCAAUUUGAUGGCUUGAGUGUGGACAGUUCUUCCUUUCUUGAAAACACACUUGGCAAGGAGAUUGGCAAUUUUACACAUCUCAAAUAUUUGUCACUUAAUAAAUGUAAAUUGGUGAAUCUUCCAGAUGACAUUGGAAAUCUCAAAACACUACUGGUAAUUUUGAUUGAUGGCAACAGAUUGAAACGGCUUCCUGACACUUUUGGCGAGCUAGUGAACUUGGUAGGCGUGAGUGUUUGUGACAACGAGCUGAAAUCUCUGCCCAAGAGCUUUAGCCACCUAGCAAACUUGAUGAUCUUUUAUGCUGAUAAUAAUCGUUUCAUGGCCUUCCCUGAUGUACUCUACAGUUUACCAAAGUUGACAAGAAUCACUCUUUCCAAUAAUCGAAUACGUAUGCUUAUGCCAGCCAUUUGUGAAGUACAGAAACUAGAGGAGCUCGUUUUAAAAGGCAACGAAAUCCAAUAUUUGCCUCCUGAGUUGUGUAAGUUAACAGAAUUGACAAAAUUGGAUGUUUCUCGAAAUCCAUUACAACACCCCCCUCUGCGUUACUGCGCUACAUUCCUGGAAGUACGUGAGUACUUCGAUUCACUGCAGGGCAGUGAGGGUGUUUAUAUGAGAAGAAAAAAGGUUAUAGUUCUUGGUCUGACUGGCGCUGGUAAAACAAGUUUGAUUCGAGCAGUAGUUGAUUAUGUACCAACAAAUCCUAGAAUUGAACCUAUACGCACAAUUGGGGUUGACGAACGGGUGUGGAGGAGAAAUAUUCAGAACAGAGACAUCCCACUGGACGUAUACUUUCUAGAUUUUGGUGGCCAUGAUGUUUACUACCGAAUGUAUUCGUUCUUUUUGUCAGACGACUUUGUUAUUCUUACUGUCAAUGGUAGGGACUAUAAAGUCGGCUGUGAGGAAAGUUUUAUGAUUCACGUUGGUCAUUGGGUACAGCGCAUCCAGAGCUGUUCGCCUGAUGCUCUAGUAAUGAUGGUUCUAACGCACACAGACUGUUUUCACAAUGUUCAAGAGAAAGUUGAAGAUAUAACAAAGCAGCUAGAAGCAUUGGAGGAAAAACGACAAUCAAUUCUCAAAAACGAGAUUGCUCAAGCGAACUUCCAGAAGAGUCUUUCACUGGCUAAAAGCAAAGAACGUUGUGACUCUGACAUUUCAACUGUCAUUAAACGGUUGACUACCCUGAAAGAGAAAAGGUUUCAACUAGUACACAAUAAGAUCUAUUGUGUCAGUAACUGUAGUCUUGACGCAAUCAACAGUGUAGCAGUAGAUUUGCUCUCAAUGUGUGAGAAUUCUCUUCCUGCACAACUUAUUCCUGUAGCAUGGCAGAAGGUACUAGAGGUUGUAGUUGAAGAACGGACAAGUUCUGAGUGUCCUCUAAUGAAACUUAGUGAUUUACAAGAGAAGGCAACAAAAAGGAUGUCCCAAAUUGAUAGUAUUAAGCCAACAUUAAUCUCUCAAUCUGGAUCCAAUCAUGUUGCUUCAGCAUUAAAGUAUUAUCAUCGGAUGGGUGAUGUACUGCAUUACUCUCAGGUUCCCGAGCUCAAAGAUUAUGUCUGCAUUUAUCCCCAACAGAUGAUGCAGGUCUUCAAAACUAUCUUGAGACAUGAUAUGGUUGAAACUUUGGCGUUCAAUAAUGACAUGAAGCAACUUAUGAGCCAACAAGUUUUCAACCUAGAAAAGAAAUUACUUCAAGAGAAGGGUCUGAUGGGCUGUAAACUGUUUAAAGCUUUGUGCAUACCAAAUGUAAGUAUACAAGGAGAUGUUUGCAUUCUUAUGACUAUGUUAGAGAACUUCAGCAUUGCCUAUCCCAUCAAUAACUUUGAGAAAAUUUUACUGCCGUGGCUGCUUCCUAAAGAAUGUCCGCCUGCUGUUGUGUUGAAGAACCCAUGUGCCCGAAGCUAUGAGUUGGCACUAUCAUUCAAUUUCCCUGUAAUUUACCCUGAUGGAUUUUUCGAGAAACUUGCAGUUAGUUGCCAUAGCUAUUAUGGAGGAUAUGAGCAACACUGGAGGAAAGGCUUUUGUUAUAAGCUGGAUAGUCGAGAUGAGAAGAAGCAAUCCUAUUUGCUUGUCAUAGAAGACAAGAACAAUAUUUGUGAAGAUGGGAAUGAAUUGGAGAUGGUAACUCUAAAAGUUGUGGCUCGUGUGUCAGCACCAGAACUACAGGAAUCAAACAAAAAUAGCCCCAUGCCUGAAUCUGUUGAAAAGGUUAUGUGGGCUUUGGCUGAGCCAGUGCUUUACAACACGGAAAAGCUGCUGCUAAUGACUCCAGGCAUCGUAGUCGAAAGGUUUAUCACUUGUCCUCAAUGUUUUGACAUUGACAAAAAUAACUGUUUCUAUUAUGAUUGCACUUUCUUGUCAAAACAGAGAAAUGAAGGACACAACUGUGAUGAUGGUCACUCAUUUAGAAACUCUUUUCCUCAGUUUUACGUGAGAAGAGGUUUUGGCCUACCAGCUGUGCCGACUACACAACAAAAAUGCCAUCAUGAACAGGAACAACACCAGGCUUGUUGUACACGUGACAAGAUGUUUCUUGAGAUACUAGAUUUUCUAAUGGACAAGUUUGGACAUUCAUGAUCUCUAGCAGCUACAUAAAUGUGUACAACAAGCAGUGAUUGUGAUUAUCAUAUAUGAUUAAUCAAGCUAGUGUAGUAGUGGGCAGAAAAUUUGCUGAUAGUGCAAUAAAUCGCCUGUCUUUGCUACGCUACAGUUAACAAUUCUAAGCACAUUGGUUAUAACUCGAGGUUACACCUAUAGUGUGUACUUUAGAUAUCUCUGGUAUAAUAAUGUGCAAAUAUUUUACCAUAGUAAGAAUGCAUGGUUUCAUGUGGCAAUUUCACUGCAAGUAAUCAGUUUGUUUGCAACUCUUAGUACAGUUCUACGAGCCAGCAAAGCAACAUAGAACGGUGACGUGUACUGUAGGAGCUGGUAUAGUGGCUGGUAAAUUAAUGAAGUAUGGAGGUUGCAAUCAACCGCUUAAUGGUGAACGUGCAGUCUACAAUUUAAGCGUUUUUGUGUGCCCUAAUUAACUACUGAA